CUGAAAUCGUUGAACCAUGAUUUGCAAAACAGAUGCAGCAGCAUAAUUUCCAAGUGUUUAGGGCCUGCUAAUCAGAGAGGAAAUCUUCCCCAGACUUUAGCACAAUUAAGGAAAGGUCUGUCACAGUACACCAAAGAUGUGUUCUCUAAAAAAAGGGAAGCGGCCACGCAUCUGAUGAUCUUCAUGGUGGCUGAUGAACGCAGGGACAUGAAGCCCUAUGCCAUUCCAGUGAGAGCCCUGCCAUUCAAGAGCAUAAAAGAUGCAAAAGUUAGGCAACUUCGUGAAAUGGAAAACUUGGGGAUGGUAGUUGUG